AUGGCUCCACGCAGCUACGCCAUAGACAUCACGAGACCAUUCUUACUGACUCGCUCUCACAAGUGGACUGACCGUGACCACGCAGGCAUUGCAGAUGGCAGUGCUGAGCGUGAGUCGAAGCUUCCCCGUUACUUUGCCAAGUCAGGUCAUGCCGACACUGACCCUACCAAGACCAAGAAGGAUGGUAGUGGAAAGGGUAAUUGGGGCCGAGACGGCGAUGAAAUUGAAGACAUGCCCUACAACAUGAACAAUGCUCGCCGCCGCAGUAACUCCUCUACCAACCAGCUCAAGGACUUCAAGACGAAGUUCGAGACCAUCGAGACCGAACCCGUCUUCGAAGAGGAGCUCCACGGCGCCAUUGGCGAGGAGCUCGAGAAGCAAAGCACCACCUCCAGUUCCAACAAGAGCGUCGACGAGGAGGACCACGAUAGGAAGUUGUAA